UAGGCAAUACCAACCUGGCUAGAUCUAAAAGGACAACCCAAUGCUUGGAGCCUCUUCCAAAGAAGAAGCAAUGCUACGGACUCCCCCCAUCUGCUGGACCCUCACGUGCCAUCAUUCCUCUCAUGAGCUUGAAAAUACCAGUUCCAAAGUCUUCAGGCGACUCUCUGAUUCCAAAGGAUCCAAAGGAUCCAGCUACAGCCCCUAGUAGUCCUGACACUUCAACUUCUGCAGCUUUACCUGUGCAGCCAGCCACUUCAAAAGCCUCAGAAAUCCCUUUGCCUGAUCUCAAUAAAGACUUAACUUUAUCAGAAUCUGACAUCUAUUCCAAAACAACUCUGGUAUCCAAACACUCCAAUACUGCUGAUCAAUUGUCAAUUCACACAGACGGUGUUAUCGACCCAGAACCCGAACAGGAGUAUGCUGUUCCGGACCUCCCAUCUUCUACUCCAUACAUACCGACCAAUAAGCUGUCCCCAAAGAUCAAAGACAUCAUCGCAAAGCAGGACGAGGUUGUAACCCUGAACAUUGGAGGAACCGUGUUCACUACCACCAGAUCCACACUGCGGGAGGAUCCUUCCUCGUUGCUCGCAACUUUAUCCUCAAAACUUCCAUCAACACCUUUCUUCAUUAACCACAAUCCGAAACAUUUCCCUUUUAUAUUAGACUUCUUAAGGAACAGCUGCUGUGUCUCAUCCAUCACUAUUCCAAAUUCUGCUACAGCUCUGAAGGAACUUUCCAAAGAAUGUGCUUUUUAUGAGAUUGACGUUCUCUCCAGAUUAACUGAGCCCAUGCUCAAGUUGUUCUCACAUCAUCGAUGUUGUGCUGGACCUGUAAUACAUCUGAUGUACCUGUGAUGAAACAUUUUAUUGAUAUAUAUGUCAUAUUAUUCAUUUUCUUAAAUUGUUAUCAUUUUUGUUUAAGUUAUAUGUUUAUUCACAUUAUUGUUAUUGUUUAAAAUGUUACUAUUAAUGUAUCCCAUAAAUUGUUGUAAUUGAACUCAGUGAGUAUGUUGUCUUUAUAAAUGGAGAUUUAUUCCCAUAUAAAGAAAGCCAUCUUUUAACAUAAGAGUUCUUACCUGUACAA